AUGAACGAUCUUACCCUAGGCCAUCGAAAAUCAUCUUCUCUUUCAUUACUUGGCGAACCGCCUUCAACAUCCAUAACGAAUAGUAAUAAUAUUGAUAGUGCGUCAGGAGCAAGUCCAGCUAUAACAAAAGUAGGGAUAUAUAGUGAUCUCUCACAAUAUGAGGAGACAUUAUCUAGAUUGAUUCAAUCCAUUGACACUUAUAAACCGGAUAAAAAAAUAGCCCAAGAACUAAUUGAUAUCGAUUCAAAGUUAUUUAAUUCCCUGGAUUCAUUUGUACAAUACGAUAGAAUCUCUUCGAGACUGAAAGAUUUUGAAAAACAAGAGAAAGAAUCAACUUUAAAGACGAAAGAAAUACUGGAAACAUUGAACGAAUGUCACAAUGCACUAAAUUUACUACCCACGGUCGAUCAAGUUCACUUUGAAAUGAACACAAUGUUAGAACAGCGGAAAAAGAUUAAUUCAAGCGUGCUGUUAGACUAUGCUACCAAACUAUCGAAGUUCACAAAAAUACCGCCAACUUUUGAUAAAGGGUCGAUUGGCCCGAAUAAUUUCGUUUGGCCAGCUGAAGAUGCUUUAAGAAGAGGCAUGUUGGCUUUAGCUGCAUCACACACCGAUGAACUUACUAAAAUUGCUGGUGUCGAAAUGUCACUCUCUGACGAUAAUAGCAUUGCUUUAGAUGAAAUCAAAUCUGUUGACGCAGGUGAAGGACCUAUCCCAGAAAAGAAGGACUCUAGUUCUAGAAGAGGAUCAUAUAUAUUUGCAGGACAAAGUGGCAAAAAUGCGGAACAUAAAAACAACGAAGAAAAUAAAGAGGAAGCAGACAACGCAGUGGAUCUUGAUCUUGAUCUGUUCAAUCCUGACGACUUUUAA